AUGUCUCGGACAGUGCGGCAGUGGUCAAAAACCUAUAUUCUGGACCGCGGGAAUUUACCGUUGUCAAAGUGCAGUGGAGACUGGACGAAAUCUCGGAUCAAUGAUGAAGAUUUGAAGGAGGAACUGCUCACGCACCUUCAGUCGCUUGGCAAAUAUGUCACUGCCAUUGCGGUCGUCAAUUAUCUUGCACGGCCAGAUGUACAACAGCGAUAUCAGUUGUCGAAGACUAUUUCAUUGGUGACGGCUCAGCACUGGAUGGAGAACUGUGGCUUUCGAUGGACCACGGCAAAAAAUGGCCAAUAUAUUGAUGGCCAUGAGCGCGAGGAUGUCGUGAAUUAUCGGCAGAACAAAUUUCUGCCAGUGUGGUAUUCAGUUGACCCGAACACUCGAAAGUGGUCAUCAGUAGAUGUCAGCAAGCUUGAGGAGGGGCAGGCGACAACAGGAAGACGCACUGUGGUCUGGUUUCAUGAUGAAUCCACAUUCUAUGCACAUGACCGUCGUCAGAAAAGAUGGGUGCACAAAGAUGAAAAAAGCACACUGCUGCCGAAGGGGGAAGGACUAUCUCUCAUGGUGGCUGAUUUU